AUGAGGUUAGAACAUAUGAAAAUCGAUUUGUUCCGCCAUCCAUUUCCUCUCUCUCUUGUGAUUAAUGGAGAAUGGUGCUUAUGGCAAAGAGCAGAAGAAGCGAAAGCUGAUUUGCGAGAUUUCGUCUCAUAUAGUCAACAAAUUGAAGCUGAACUGGAUAAAGAAUUGAAUGAGGCACGUGAAAUUAUCAAAAGGAAGGAUUAUGAAAUUUUAGUACUGAUACAAGAACGAGAUAAAUUGAAGAAUGAAGCCAGCCGACUUAAAGUGGAAUCAUUCGGGAUUGAACGAAAAAUGGGUGAUGAAUUAACCAGGCUACAAAGCGAGAAUGAACGUCUGAUUAAAGAAGUUAGAAUUUUGGAACAGCGAAAUGACGAUCUUGAGAGGGAGUUGAGGAUUACUGCCGAGUCUUUAAAGGACACUGAAAAAAUGUUAAAUGAUGAGCUUGAGGUUCGAGCAUUGCUUACAACUGAGCUAGAAAGCAAAGAUGAGCUCAAAGAUCAAUGUCAACGACUAGAGGAUGAAAUUCGAGAUCUGAAGUUAGAUAUUUCAGUUAAAGAUGCUAAAAUUUUAAGUCGUCGAUUAUCAGAGAAGUUUACUCUUCAUAACCAGCCUGCAGAUACGGAGAAUUUUCGCAUUAGAAAGGGAUAUGUCGAUUCUGAUCGGAUUAAUCAUACCUAUGAUAUGCAAAGACGAAAAAGGCUUAGUACUGAUACAGAAAUCGUCGGUUCUCGCGUUAAUGCAUUACCAUCUCCAUUGGCUCGAAAUGUUUCUCCCGUGAUCAACAAUUUAUUGAAAACGAUUCAGGCUCUUGAAGACAAACUUAUUAUGUUGCAGCCUGCACGAAGAGCUUAUGAAAAUGGUUUUAAUUCCAAAAAAUAA